AUGAUAUUUCUGGGAAAAUUGAACAUUAACAAGAUCAUUUUUUUGAUCAUUUUUGUAAUUAACACUUUAAUUGAAAUUGGUUAUUGUAGAUCUAAAUCAUGUAAUCAUCAAGAUAUUUGGCUUAUUCCAGGAAAAGCAGAUUCAUAUUGUACAAGACCUGGAGCAAAAAAAUUAAUUGAAAUUGAUACAAAACAUGUUCAUAUUUCUCCUGCUGUUGUAAGAUUUCCUGGAUGUUUUACUGUUGAAAUUAAAAAUAUCAAAGUACUUGACAAUCAACGUUAUCUCGGUCACUCAUUUUUUGCUAAAACUGAAUAUCAAUGGUUGAAUGUAAGAGAAUUUGGUAAUUUAAAAUGUCAAAAUGCUUCAAAUAAUGGUUGUGAUGGUUAUGGUAAUAAUUGUUAUUAUUGUGAUGUAUGUGAAAGUCUCCAAGAAUUAGAUAAAAAUGGAAAUAAAAAACAAUCACAAUUAUCAGAACAAUUAAAAGGUUUAAAUUGUCCCCAAACUCCUGGUUAUUACACAUUUAGAAAAGAAUUUUGUUUUAAUGAUUGGUCAGCAUUUGAUGCUGAUGGUGAUUGUCAGAUGGAUUUUAUGCAAAAUGAUAAAUCAGACUACAAAUCAGUAUUGUCGUCACUUCAACAAAUCGGUUAUGGAACUGUUGUCGCAAAAAUAAAACUUGCUCUUAACGCUACUUAUGAUAUUGCUGAAAAGAAAGCUAUCAAAGAAGCUCAAAUCGAAAAGACAGUAUUAAAAGAACUUGAAGAAAGAAAAAGAAAUUGGGAUGUAAAUAAGGGACAAUUUGAAAAAUUUCAACAAUGGUAUAUUAAUUAUAGAAAAAAUGUAUGGCAUAAGGAUGAAUAUUUACCAUGGUUAUUAUAUGAAAAUGAAAUGUCUUGUUUAAGAUUAACAUUUGAUGUCUGUGAACGUAUUCCUAAAAAAAGACCUUUUGGAAAUGGAUAUUUGUGCGAGUAA